AUGCUGCAGCCACUGCUGCUGUCGGUCAUAGAUUCACGAAUCCACCAACACUGGCCAGAAAAGGGGCUGCCAGAUGCUGCCAGUCAGGAUGCCAGAGGUAGUGACAAUGAUCCAACCAACACAAUCCCAGAGCCACAAGAGCCACAAGAGCCGCAUCAAGAAGAUGCAGAGGACAACCUAAAGCAGGUAGGGCUUGGAUUUGCAGGUGGCCAUGCCAUGCUCUUGCAGCGAGUGGAGCAGUUGGAAGCAGAACUACAUGCCAGGAUGGGCUUCCUCGCGGGGCCUCUCAAGCACGCCCGACCAUUUCUAGCCCUGUUGUAUAAGUGGACCUCCAAGCUGGGGUCCGGGACUUUCGCGGAGAUGCCAUUGAGCCUACGGCUUAUGCUGAGAUUUUUCCUGGAGGCGGUCUCCCGAGUGGAUUUGGAUCUGCAGUGGAUCCCGAGGGAUCAGAACGUGGAAGCGGACGCUCUCACUAAUGAGGAAUUCGGGGACUUCAAUGCAGAUCUGAUGAUGUGUCAGCACCUCCAUGAAAAGUGGCUGCGGGUGGGGGGGACUCGGAAAGAGAGAGGUUCUGCAACGCAACGUGGUUUGAGCCUCGUUACCGAUGUGCCAGCACAGCAACUAGACGACGGAUGGCCCGAGAGCGUAGAGGAACAAGACAAGCAGCACAUAGAAUUGCAGCAUCCAGACCUGCCAGAGCAGGCACCUCCACAAGAAUCUGCACCAGCAGCUGCUGGCGGUGGACAACCGAAGGAUGUUUCGUCCUUGUUUGCAGAUGAUCCUGAGUCGGUCCCUGCCCAAGCCUCGCAAGCACCGCCACCAGUGGCACAGGGUGCUGGCGGUGGACAACCGAAGGAUGUUUCGUCCUUGUUUGCAGAUGAUCCUGAGUCGGUCCCUGCCCAAGCCUCACAAGCACCGCCACCAGUGGCACAGGCGGCUCAGCCCACAACGUCUGUUGACACCUCCAGCUGGUUCGAUCAGGGUGCUGGCGGUGGACAACCGAAGGAUGUUUCGUCGUUGUUUGCAGAUGAUCCUGGGUCGGUCCCUGCUCAAGCCUCACUAGCACCGCCACCAGUGGCACAGGCGGCUCAGCCCACAACGUCUGUUGACACAUCCAGCUGGUUCGAUCAGGGUGGCGGUGGACAACCGAAGGAUGUUUCGUCCUUGUUUGCAGAUGAUCCUGGGUCGGUCCCUGCUCAAGCCUCACAAGCACCGCCACCAGUGGCACAGGCGGCUCAGCCUACAACGUCUGUUGACACCUCCAGCUGGUUCGAUCAGGGUGCUGGCGGUGGACAACCGAAGGAUGUUUCGUCCUUGUUUGCAGAUGAUCCUGGGUCGGUCCCUGCUCAAGCCUCACAAGCACCGCCACCAGUGGCACAGGCGGCUCAGCCUACAACGUCUGUUGACACCUCCAGCUGGUUCGAUCAGGGUGGCGGUGGACAACCGAAGGAUGUUUCGUCCUUGUUUGCAGAUGGUCCUGAGUCGGUCCCUGCCCAAGCCUCACAAGCACCGCCACCAGUGGCACAGGCGGCUCAGCCCACAACGUCUGUUGACACCUCCAGCUGGUUCGAUCAGGGUGCUGGCGGUGGACAACCGAAGGAUGUUUCGUCCUUGUUUGCAGAUGAUCCUGGGCCGGUCCCUGCCCAAGCCUCACAAGCACCGCCACCAGUGGCACAGGCGGCUCAGCCCACAACGUCUGUUGACACAUCCAGCUGGUUCGAUCAGGGUGGUGGUGGUGGUGGACAACCGAAGGACGUUUCGUCCUUGUUUGCAGAUGAUCCUGGGUCGGUCCCUGCCCAAGCCUCACAAGCACCGCCACCAGUGGCACAGGUUGGUCGGGCGAACGGAAGUGAUCAUGAGGCUGGUUGCGCAAAUGGCACAACAAACGACGUCUCUUCUUUGUUUGCUGACGAUGCAUCGCCUGGUCUUUUUGCAUCUGUGGCAGCUCCUGCAGCACCAGAUCCAUUUGCAGGGCCAACCGUUUCCAGCUGGUUUGAUCAAACUUGA